GAUUCGACGAGUCUUGUGGUGUGACAAUUUACAAUACCUUAUUUUAUCGCAAAAACACACAAAUAUUUGUAAAAUUUCCGGCAUAAAUAUCGAGACACAGUGUUCACGUCCAAAUGAACUCAUUUAUAAAAGAGAAUUAAUUUGUCAAAAUUGCGCAAGAGUAUAAAAUUGUAAAUUGAGUCUGGGAGUUCGAGGUUUAUCAUCAUUCAACAUGUCAUCUGGUAGUACGGGCUCUUACAUUCCUCGGUGGACAUUGGCCGCAUUGAUUGGCACGCCGAUAGCACUUGGUCUCAGCUAUUUAUACUUUCGCAAACAAGCAAGUGCCACUGGAAGUGAGGAACGAAAGAAGCUCGAGGACAUCGACAAGUCAGUAUCGAUCGAUGAUCAGAGCGAAGUGGCACCCGCGUCAGCAGCUUUACCCGAACUGAGUCCUCUAGAGCGUGCUCAAAAGUUCAAAGCGGAAGGCAACAAACAUUUCGGCAAAGGUGAAUACGAUAAAGCCAUUUUGUUGUACGACAAAGCAAUAGAAGAGUGUCCGAAAACGGAUAAAAUAGACUUGGCAACGUUUUAUCAGAACCGAGCAGCAGCGUACGAACAAUUGGGCUCUUUUGCAAAGGUAAUCGAAGACUGCACGCACGCCUUAGAACUUAAUCAAAAGUACGUGAAAGCACUGCAACGAAGAGCUCGUGCCUACGAAAAGAGUGAAGAUUACGAGAAAAGCUUGGAAGAUAUCACUGCCGUUUGUAUAUUGCAGAGUUUCAGUGUACAAUCGUCUCUUGUACACGCAGAUCGUGUACUUAAGGCACUUGGUCUACGGCAUGCCAAAGAGAUCCUUGUCAAUCGGAAGCCCGUCAAGCCAUCCAAACAUUUCGUGAAGAACUAUUUCGCUUCGUUCCUGCACGAUCCAAUCGUGCAUAUGUCCGUAAGCUCGGGUGACGGUCCUCCGCGUGGCUUCGUUAGAGCAAAGUUGGCCUUUGACCGACAAGAAUACGACGAAAUUAUUCCCGCAUGCACGGAGGAAAUCGAAUCGGCGAACGACGAUACGGGUUAUCGGAAUGCCGCAACGUUGUUGAGAGCAACAUUCAACGUCAUUACUGGCCGUUUUGAUGCAGCCAACAAAGAUUUGGGAUACCUGUUGUCACAAGAAGACUUGGAUAAACGUAUGAAGGUGAACGCUCUGAUCAAAUUGGCGUCAUUGGAAAUGCAAACAGAUAAGGGAAUGGACUGUUUCCAAAACUUUACAAAAGCCGAGCAAGUUGACCCCACGAACUCGGACCUUUAUCAUCACCGUGGACAGGUAUACACGUUACUUGAUCAGUUGGAUAAUGCCUUGGCGGACUUUACAAAAGCCGUCGAGUUGUCGCCCGAUCACGGAAUCACGUACGUUCACAAAUGCUAUGCGGAAUAUCGGAUUGCCGUACAAACGCAAAAUCGCUUCAAACUCAACGAAGUCAUGGAGGAGUUUAGCAAGGCGAUAGACAAAUUCCCCGAUUGCGUUGAAUGUUUCAGUUUGAUGGCUCAAAUAUUAUCGGAUCAAGGACAAUUCGGACCUGCAGAUUCCUUUUUCGAACGUGCCUGUAAAAUUGACAAAGAAAAUGCGACAAUUCUGGUCCAUCGUGGUCUACUGCAACUCCAGUGGAAUGGUAAUAUAGAAGAAGCUCUGCGGUAUAUUAACGAUGCCAUCAAAUUAGACGACAAGUGUGAGUUUGCCUACGAGACACUCGGCACCAUAGAAGUUCAACGUGGAAAUUUAGAAAAUGCAGUGAAACUAUUCAACCAGGCACUAGAAUUGGCCAAAUCAGAAAUGGAGCUUAUUCACCUGUGUUCGCUUAAGGAUGCAGCAAUCGCUCAAAUGAACGUGGCUAAGAAAUUCGGAAUAGACAUUCAAAGUAUAGCGGCGCAGGCGAGAUCAAAUUCAGAUGCUUUUAUGCCAGCUCAAUAGGAAAUGAACUAUUUAGAGACGCAAUAGUCAUUUUUGUAUAAUUUUUCUUACCUUGCAGGAUACCUCAGUACGCGCCUAACAUUUUUGAUUUAUAUUUUAUAGAGACCUUUAAAAAAUAUCAAAUAAAUUUACACUUUUUGUUGAAUCAAUUUA